AUGGCUGGAGGUGUUAUUCAACAAUUGUUGAGGAGGAAACUCCAAUCUCAUUCUCGGAGUUCUUCUGGCUCUACUAGCAGCAGUUCCUUAAGAGGCCUUGCUUUAAUAGGAGCUGGUGUCUCAGGUCUUUUGGGUUUUGCAACAACAGCAUCUGCUGAUGAAGCUGAGCAUGGCCUCGCAUCUCCACACUAUCCAUGGCCUCACGAGGGCAUCCUCAGUUCAUAUGAUCAUGCUUCGAUUCGUCGUGGUCAUCAAGUUUAUACGCAAGUCUGUGCUUCCUGCCAUUCCAUGUCUUUGAUAUCAUACCGUGAUUUGGUUGGUGUGGCUUACACAGAAGAAGAGGUAAAGGCCAUGGCUGCUGAGAUUGAGGUGGAAGAUGGCCCUAAUGAUGAGGGUGAGAUGUUUUCACGCCCUGGUAAACUCAGUGACCGCUUUCCUCAGCCAUAUGCAAAUGAAUCAGCUGCUAGGUUUGCUAAUGGAGGGGCCUAUCCUCCAGAUCUAAGUCUUAUUACCAAAGCUCGUCACAAUGGUCAGAACUAUGUGUUUGCCCUCCUAACCGGUUAUCGUGACCCCCCUGCUGGCGUUUCGAUCAGAGAGGGAUUGCAUUACAAUCCUUAUUUUCCGGGUGGAGCCAUUGCCAUGCCUAAGAUGCUUAAUGAUGGUGCUGUUGAAUAUGAAGAUGGUACCCCUGCUACAGAAGCUCAGAUGGGGAAAGAUGUCGUGUCAUUUUUGUCUUGGGCUGCAGAACCUGAGAUGGAAGAGAGAAAACUGAUGGGAUUUAAAUGGAUAUUUGUACUUUCAUUGGCAUUACUUCAAGCUGCAUAUUAUCGCCGUCUUCGAUGGUCUGUUCUCAAGUCCCGCAAGUUGGUUCUUGAUGUUGUCAACUAG